CAUGUCAGAGAAUGAAUAUGAUUGGCUGGCAAGACAUUUAGGACAUGACAUAAGAGUACAUAGAGAAUUUUACAGAUUGCAUGAAAGUGCAGUAGAAUUAACUAAAGUCAGCAGGCUACUGAUUGCUGUAGACAAAGGUGAAGCCAGCCGAUUUGCCGGAAAACGCAUUGAGGAUAUUUCCAUAGAAGAUUUGCCGUAUUUGGAGGACGAAGCAGAUAACAUUGAACCAGAAAGUGAGGACGAAAAUAUUGAAAUAGAUCCAAAUAAUGUAGCGGGAGUGCCUGAAGAACAAACAACGAAAAGACGAAUCGCAAAAAAAGUGUCACCUAUACGGAAGAAUAGAAGAGAAAAGAUAAAUUGGUCAAAGGAGGAAAAGUCAGCAGUCCUCAUAUUUUUCAGAGUGAAUAUAAAAAAAGGAAUUGUUCCUAAUAAAGAACAAUGUAUGCAAUGUAUUGUCGAUAAUAAAGCUACAUUGGAAAGAAGAAAUUGGAAGAAUAUUAAAGAUUGCGUUUAUAAUGAAAUUAAAGCUUGCAAAAGAAGAAAAAAACAUUAAAUUUUAUAUUAUAUCAACUGUCAAUAAAAAGUAUAAAAUAUAAUGUUCUUUUUACUAUGCGUAGAAAUAAAUAUCUAUCACACUAUGAUGAACUAAGUACAAAAAAUCGUAAUAGGAACCAAAAGAGUAUCUAUACCACAGACAAAGGUAAAAUAGUAACUUGUUCCUACAACAAACGUGGCAACAUGGCCUCUAAACACACUGUAUAAAGAGCCAUAAUUAUGGAACCCCGAAACACAGAAAUUUGUUACGGGUAUAUUUGUGGCAUCUUUUAUACACAGUUUCUGAUUACAAAAUAAUUAUGGAAUCCGGUGCCACAAUUAUAUUGGACGAUAUCUUUCAUACCAUGGAGUGUAACGAAGUGAAUCCUAUCCAUAAACACUCUGCACAACGGGUGUCAGUAUCAUAGUAUGUUUACUCCCAUGUGCCACAAUUGAGGAUGUAGU